AGUGUUUGUAUUCGUAUUUACGACUUCUUGUUGGUGUAUGCCUAUUUUUCUUGUUUUUACUAUAUUUAUAUUCUUGAUUUUUAUAUAUCACACGUUCGUAUUUGUGUUUGUUUUAUUAGUUGGAUAUUUUUUAUGGUUCUGUGUGCUUUUUUCUUAUAAAAUGGGAAGGACUGGCUGUGCAGUACCCAACUGCCAGCCAAGUAAAAGAGCUGCGAGGUACCGUUUUCCUCAUCCCAUAUACGGAAAAGACCUUAUGCUCACUUGGCUACGAAUUAUUAAUAAUGAAAAACUUAAAACCUUGGACUUUGAUGUUAUUUAUAAGAACUAUAGAGUGUGUGAUAAACAUUUUAUGGAAGAGGAUCGCACUACCAACAAUCGACUGAAGAACAUGGCAUUCCCUCAAUUACAUGUCCCUUUAAUGUCUACUUGGGAUGAUACUAGUGCUAAAUCUGUUGCUAGUGCAGAAAAUAUUGUUAUGGGAUUUGAUCUUACAAUUACAUCUGACUUUUCUCUUCCUUCAACCAGCACUGGUAUUUUUGCUACUGUGUCAAAUAAGGAUGGUUAUAUAGUUAAACCUGAUGGCCGUAUAUUUAUGUCAACACCAAAUAAUGCUGGUCUAUCAACCAGUUCAACCUCUCUACAUUUUGGUGAUGAAAAUAAUGAAUUGGGUGCAAUUCAGUAUCGUCAGACUUCUGAAAAUUCUCAAAUAAGGUUAAAUAAUCCUCCUAUAGCACGCAAACAUGGUUUGUUGAAAAAUGUUGGUGUUCAUAAGAGUUCACAACUGUCUCCUGUCUCCAGAAUUCUGUAUAAGCAAGCUUUAUAUUACAAGAAGAAAGCUUCCAUGCUCUCCAAACGGAAAAUGGAUUUACAACGUAAAAUCCAAACUAUUGAGAAAUGGUCAAAAGAAAAAUGCUUCCAAAAUUUGACCAAACAAUUUAACCAUCCUGCAGUUCACUUUUUCAAAAGACAGGUUGAAUCAUUUGGCAAAAAGGCUAAAGGUAGGAGAUUUGACAUUGAAGAUAAAAUUCUUGCCCUUGCCCUUUACAGGCAGAGUAACGCAGCAUACAAAUUACUAUCCUCUUUGUUUAUUUUACCUUCAAGAGUAACUUUACAAAAAAUGUUGUCAAGAAUUCCCAUUUCUUCAGGAAUUCAUGAUGCUGUUUUUAAUGUUUUAAGUUCAACUAGUAAAAAAAUGAAACCCCACAAUAAGUAUUGUGUACUAAUGUUUGAUGAAAUGUCAAUUGAGCCUAAUUUACAUUAUAAUCAAUUUCUGGAUGAAGUUGAUGGCCUUGAAGAUUUUGGCGGAGAAAAGUUUGAAAAAAUUGCAAAUCAUGUUCAGGUAUAUAUGUUGAGAGGGAUAGCUAGUAACUGGAAGCAACCUGUUGCAUAUUUUUUUGUAAAUGGAGGUGUUAAAGCUUCAAAAAUUAAAGAAAACAUCGUAAAUAUUAUCAGAAAAGCCAAACAAUGUGGCCUAACUGUUGUUGCUACUAUUUGUGAUCAGAGAAGUAAUAAUAAGAGUGCCAUUAAUUUACUAGUUACAGAAACUCAAAAUAGAACAGGAACACAGGAUUAUAUUUUUGAAGUUGACGAUAAUAAAAUAGUUCCACUUUUCGACCCUCCACAUUUAUUGAAAACACUUCGGAACAUUUUGUUAUAUAGAGACAUUUACUUCACAAACAAAAAUGGUCAGAGCAGAGUUGCAAAAUGGGAAUUUAUUGAAAAAACCUGGGCGCUGGAUAACAACUGCGGUGAUUUGAGAGCUUUGCCUCGUCUCACAGAAUACCAUAUUAAUAAGUCU